AUGGCGGACGCCGGCUUGCGCCGCGUGGUUCCUAGCGACCUGUAUCCCUUAGUGCUCGGCUUCCUGCGCGAUAACCAACUGUCAGAGGUGGCUAACAAGUUCGCCAAGGCGACAGGCGCUACCCAUCAGGAUGCCAACGCCUCUUCUCUCUUGGACAUCUACAGUUUCUGGCUCAAGUCUACCAAGGCCCCAAAGCGGAAGUCACAGGCAAACGGGCCAGUAAUUCAGAAGGCUAAGAAGAAGUCUUCAUCCAGUGACAGCAGUGAGGACAGCAGUGAGGAGGAAAAAAAACAAGUUCCUCCAGCUAAGAAGGCUGCAGUUGCUGUCAAGCGGGCCAGUCUGCCUCAGCAUCCUGGAAAGGCUGCAGCCAAAGCAUCAGAGAGCAGCAGCAGUGAAGAAUCCAGUGAUGAGGAGGAGGAAGAGGAGGACAAAAAGAAAAAACCUGUCCAGAAGGGAGUUAAGCCCCAAGCCAAGGCAGCCAAAGCUCCCCCCAAGAAAGCUGAAAGCUCUGGUUCUGAUUCUGAUUCGAGCUCAGAGGAUGAAGCCCCAAAGAACCAGAAGCUGAAGACAACACCUGUGGCAGCUAAAGCUCAGGCCAAAGCCACAGCCAGGCCAGGUACAGCUCCAGCAGCACCUAAAGCAGCCAAUGGCAAGGCAGCCAGCAGUAACAGAAGCAGCAGCAGCAGCCGUAGCAGCAGCAGCGAUGACUCCGAGGAUGAGAAGGCAGCAGCCAUCCCUCAGAAGGUCUGCACUGUAACUGACCAGAGAAGGGGUGCUGUACCUACAAAGCAAGUUGUGGCCAAGGUCCCAGUGAAAGCUGCCGCCACCCCUGCCCAAAGCAGUUCCAGCAGUGAAGACUCCUCCAGUGAGGAGGAGGAGCCGAAGAAACCCAUAAAGAAAAAACCAGGUCCCUAUAGUUCGGUCCCCCCACCUGCUGCUCCCCUACCAAAGAAGUCCCCGGUGACCCAGCCCCUCAAGAAAUCUGCAGAGAAGAAACAGCCCGAAGAAAGCAGUGAGGACAGCAGCGAUGAGUCUGAUUCAAGUUCUGAGGAAGAAAAGAAACCCCUAGCUAAAGCAGCCAUCUCUAAAGCAACCCCUAAACCCACUCCAGCAAAGAAGACGGCGGAGAGUUCUUCAGAAAGCUCAGACUCUGACAGCUCUGAGGAUGAAGCUCCUGCCAAGCCGGCUAGUGCCACCAAAACGCCCUCCAGUAAGCCAGCUGCUGUUACCAAAAAACCUGCAGCUAAGGCGGGUGCAACUCCCAAGCAACCUGCAGGCAGUGGCCAGAAGCCUCUGCCCAGAAAGGCUGAUAGCAGCUCCAGUGAGGAGGAGAGCAGCUCUAGCGAAGAGGAGGAUGAGGAGAUGACAAAGAAGACUGUGGCCACCCCCAAGUCCAAGGUGACGGCUAAAGCAGCUUCAUCUCUGCCUGCCAAAAAGGUCCCUCAGGGGGGUGAGGAUAGCAGUUCUGAUUCUGACAGCUCCAGCAGUGAGGAGGAGGAGGAAGAGGAAGAGAAGACAUCUAAACCCCCAGUGAAAAGGAUGCUGCAGAAGGCAGCAGCAGCUGUAGCCCCUUCUAAGCCAGCCUCCAAAAAGGAAGUAGAGGCUGAGAGCAGCAGCAGUUCUUCCUCUGAUGACUCCAGUGAGGAGGAGGAGGAGGAGAAGGCCAAGGGCAAAACCACUUCAAAACCGCAAACCCCCAAGGCCAAUGGCACCUCUUCACUAACUGUCCAGAAUGGAAAAACAGGCGGAGGCCACAAUGAGAAAGAGGAGAGGAAACUGCUCCUGAGCCUAACUUUUCAUUUUUUUGAGUCAGGAAAGAAACGGAAGCAGAGUGAGGCUCCCAAGGAGGCAGAGACUCCUCAAGUCAAAAAGCCAAAGCUCCAGACCCCCAACACCUUUCCAAAAAGGAAGAAAGGUGAGAAGAGGGCAUCAUCCCCAUUUCGAAGAGUAAGGGAAGAGGAAAUUGAGGUGGAUGCGCGAAUGGCAGACAACUCCUUUGAUGCCAAGCGAGGUGCAGCUGGAGACUGGGGGGAACGAGCCAAUCAGGUUCUGAAGUUCACCAAAGGCAAAUCCUUCCGGCAUGAGAAAACCAAGAAGAAGCGGGGCAGCUACCGGGGAGGUGCCAUCUCUGUCCAGGUCAAUUCCAUUAAGUUUGACAGUGAGUGA